UUAAUAGCCAAUCCGACGAUCCAAACUCCUUCCUAUAUAUGUUCAUUCUCUGGGACUCCCAAGAUUCCUGUCUCUCCUCGGAAAAGGUGACAAGGAGAGCGGGAAAUGCCGAGCAAAAAGAAGAAGAAGGGGGCAGUUCCUGUGUACCUUAAUGUCUAUGAUCUUACCCCCUUCAAUGGCUAUGCUUACUGGUUCGGCCUCGGCAUUUACCACUCCGGCGUUCAAGUACAUGAUGUUGAAUAUGGAUUUGGUGCCCACGAGCGUGCUCUUUCGGGCAUAUUUGAAGUAGAACCGAAGCAGUGCCCUGGGUUCAGAUUCCGAAGAUCCAUCCUCAUAGGGACAACCGAUUUGUGCCCAGAACAAGUGAGGGCAUUCAUCGACAAACUAUCUAAAACCUAUACUGGCAACUCUUAUAAGCUCAUCACCAACAACUGUAACCAUUUCUGCAAUGAUGUCUGUACCCACUUGACAGGGAAUUCAAUUCCUCGAUGGGUCAAUCGACUAGCUCAUGUUGGUUUUUGGUUCAAUUGUGUCCUCCCACCUGGUUUGCAUGAGAAAAAAGUUGAGCGUCCUAGAAACAAUGAAGAUAGAAAAGAAGCUGCAGCGAUACAACCAGUUUUGUCUCUUCCAAUCAAACCCGUUUUGAGGUGAUCUGCAACAAUUCCCAGUCUGCAUCAUCGCCUACUUCACUUCAUUCUGCUUCAACUUUUUGUACAAUGACAAUUUAGUCACCUUUUUUUUUUUAAAGACAAUUUUAUUUGUACUAUUUUUUUUUUUGAGAAGUUUGUACUAAUUUUUUAUCACUUAUAAGAGAGUCAAAAGACAUUUUUGAUCCUAG